AAUGAAAUUAUACGGAAACAAAAGAAAUAGAGUUUGCGCAAUUCCAGUCGAAUCUCAACCGUCAUCGUGAGCUCUCUUAUCAAAAAGAGAGUUCCUCAUCUUCAGUAUAGACAUGACUGAAAAGAAACCUGAUCAGGAUUUUAAUCCUGUGAAAAUUCUCAAAAGAGUUGCAUGGCCAUUGGGUGCUUGGCCUUUUUCUGAUAAUAUUUUUUCCAUUUUUCGAGCAUUUAUCGUUCUUCUCAUUCAGAUUAGUUUAAUGGCAAGUGUAACAAAAGAAAUCACACUCGGAUGCAGCAAUGCAGACGAAGUAAUUGAUUUAAUUGUUUGGGUACAAUGUGCAAUAAUAGCAUCAGUAAAAGUGAUUUUAAUUCGUUUCUAUCACAAAAAUGUAUCACAAACAAUUACUUCUAUUAAUGAAGAUUGGUCGACAAUAAAAGAGCCAACAUUAGUUGACAUAAUGAAAUCGUAUGCUUCAUUUGGAAAUUUUGUCUGCAAUGCUCAAUUUAUCUUCAGUUGUUCAGAACUUCUUCUACUAAUGGCUAAAAACGUUCUAUCUGUUUGGCAAACAAAUAAUUUAAUAAUUUCAAACUCAAGUGAAAUUUUAUUUCAACGACCCCUACCCCAAGGGACUAAAUGUUUAUUUAUGAAUGUUUCAACAACAUCGUACAUUUUUAUUUAUAUUUUUCAAAUGAUUCAGUGCAUUACAACAAGCAUUGGAAAUGUUGGUUUGGACGUUUUCUUUUUUUUAUUAGCAAUGCAUAUUUGUGGUCAACUUGAAAUUCUAUGUGAAGAAAUACGUAAUAUUAAUGGAGACAAUUUUAAUUCUAUUAAAAGACAAAUUGUUUCUUUGAGUCAAAGACACAAACUAUUAUUGGGCAAAGCUAUGGAUUUAGAGGAAACAUUUAGUUUAAUUAUUAUGUUGCAGCUUGCAAUUAAUAUUACUGCUAUAUCAUUAUUUGGAAUCUCAGUAAUUGUAACUUCACGAGAAAAUGGAUUUUUAGCUGCUUUAAAACCAAUGACCGCUAUUCAAGUUUUAAUGAUACAAUUAUUUCUCUACUGCUAUGCAGGCGAUUUAUUAACAUCAAAAGUACAAAUGGUAACAUUAGCAUCUUAUCAAAGUUUGUGGUUUGAAUUUCCAAUAAGUUUAUCAAAGGAUAUGUUAUUUAUAAUGAUGAAAGCUGGAAGACCUUUUGCAUUAUCUGCUGGAAAACUUUUACCAAUAAAUAUGAACACUUUCAGUAAUAUACUUAAAUUGUCAGUUUCAUAUUUUUCAGUGUUUCGACUAAUGUUAGAUGCAAGAUAUAUGACUCAAGAGUAAAAAAAAAAAUUAGUUUCAUACGAAUCAGAAAUGAAAGAAUCUAAUAAAAUAUUAUU